AUGUCUAAGACGGCUAUUUUACCAACCUAUCAUCCGAUUUCGCCCACGAACCAUCGACGAAAUUCUUUUGUGGAAAUUAGUGAUCAUGUUUUACGUACAAGGAGAUUUAGAAUAUUAGGUUCUACUCUUGGCUUAUUCCUUUGUUCUUUAUGGGUUGUGGCACAUUUUAGUGAUGCAAGUCUUGAUGUACAUACAUUGCAUCGAUUUAAAAAUAAUGAAGCAGCUAUGGUUGCUGCGAGUGUUAUGGGAGAUUGUGGUGAAGAAGGUAUUCAUAGUUUGGAAGUACAAAGUCAUAGUCGCUUUAGUGUUUAUGGUCAUGGUCAUAGGCACAAUGUGUAUGAACAAUCACACCUAUCAAAUUCUGUGAUAAUAUUUGAUAUUAAUCCCAAAACUGUUCUUGAAUUGGAAAUCGAUUAUCUGGUUCAUGAAAACCCCGUUAUUAUAUUCGGCAAAUCUAAUUGUCAACAUUCAAAGCGUGUAAAACACAUUCUUUCAGAAUACAAUAUUUCUCCACAUCCCGUUUUUAUUGAGAUUGAUGAACGAUCUGAUAUGGAAGAAAUGCAACGCGUACUAUCUCAAUUUACACAUCGUGAAAUAUUACCAAAUGUAUUUGUGGAUGGCGUGUUAAUUGGUGGUAGCAAUGAACUUGCCACAAUGCAUAAAAAUGGCAAAUUAAAAAAGUUAUUUAUCGAGGCUGGUGUUCUCG